UCAUUUGAACGGUCUGGCCACCCACUUGAUGCAAUCGUCCACGAAACCGGCGAACUCCACCUUGGCCUUGCAGUGCUCGCACGUGUACUCGGGCUCGUCCAGCAGCUUCACCAGCGAGAUCUGCUUGUCCUGGCUGAGGUUCUCGUUCUGUCUCCUCGCGGCCUCCUUCUCCUCGCGACGGCGGUCGUUCUCCGCCUUCACUCGGCUGAGCUCCCGCUGCCAGGCGGCCUUGCGGUCCUCAUAGCAGUGGGGACACACACGCAUGUGUCUGCAGGGGACGUACAUGAUCGACGCAACGCCAUGCUCGCCAUAGCAGAUGUCGCAGUCGUCAUGAUCCUCUCCCUCUUGCUGCUUAGCUGAUGGCUGCAGCUGCUGCUGCUGCUGCUGCUGGACAGUCAUCUCGGCAAGCCUGAAAAGUAAUAGAGGUCAUCAAAUGAGACAUGAGACGCCCCGCUGGUGACCCCUCCCUGCCUGUCUUCGAUUGCUGGCUGACUUGCGCCGGGCGUCUUGCAGCUGACGUGUCAGCGUCUCCUCUGUCUCCUUGGCCUGCACGUCCCGCUGCCGGGCCUCACGCUGAGUCUGCUCCAGCUGCCGACAUAGCUGAUCCACCAAAUGCUCACUCUCCGAUGCGGUGGCGGCGUGUGAGCUGCUGGUGGCCAAGGGGGACGGCCGAUGGCACUCAGGUGGGGGCUGGGGUGGCCCACUCAUGUGACUGCGGCUCGUCGAUGCGGCCGUCGAUGGGCCGCUGAGUGGUCCAGUCGGGUUGGAGGGAGGGAGAGGGGGAUGGGGUGGUCGGGGUGCGAAGCCCAGUGCAGCAGAGAGGGCCAUGGACGGCGGCACAGCUGCCGUUGGAACUAGAGGGGGCGGACCGCUGACAGACACAGAAGAUACAUACAGAUGACACAACACGGCAUGGUGGCAGCCAGGUCUUGGCUUGCAUAUCAUAUGCCCCUGAGUGUACUGUACAUACGCGUGUACCGGUGUGGGUGUGGGCGUGGGUGUGGGUUGGUCAGUAUGGGGAUCAUGCCCAGCCCACGGCCAGCGGGGGGCUUUCUACAGACACUAGAUAGACAGAGAAGGAAGGAGGAAGAUCACAUCACGCACAUCCAUCAUAUAGACGCGUGAAGCAGCCAAGUACUCAUGUGUACGUGUUGGCCUACUUGAACGCCUUGUAUUGCCGUGUGGGUGGCGGCGGCGGCUGGUGUUGGUGGUGUUGGUGCUGAUGCUCCUUGUCUUUCCUCUUGUGUUUCUUGCGCCUGCCGACGGGUAAGAACUCUCCAUCGCUCUCCUGACGAUCAACAGGCGAGCUGAUGAUGUCACACAGACAGGGGUGAGAAACAGUAGAGUGCAAUGAGGCGGUUUCAGCUGUGUGCAACGAGAGUGGUUGCUUACGGUUGGGGGUCGGCAGAUGAGGCGGAUGGCGGCUGCUCAGAUGUAUCGCUGCUGACGGCACCAGUGGCCACACUGUGAUUGCAAUGAAUGACACACAGAAGCGGCACAUGCACAUCUAUCUGUGUUGUGCGUGCACGUCCAUGCGUACUCAGUCGACUCGCCGGCGUCCACCCCCUGGUCAGAGCGCUCCUCAGCCACAGCCUCCUCAGCCACAGCCUCCUCAGCCUUAGCCCCAGCGCUGCUAUCAACACACCUGACGCGCACAAGCAAACCAACCUGUAGGCUUCUGCAAAAGCCCCUGCCUGCAUCUUUGUGUGCAUGAAUGCACUCACGCGGCAGUGGCGAGGAUCGGUGCCGUAUGUUUCUUUUUGCCCCUUUUGCCCUUGGUUUCGCUCCCUUUGGCUUUGCUGUCCUUUGCCGCCUGGUCAGUCGCCACCAACUCCUCUAGAAAAGCCGUCGUCUUGUUGCUCUCCUCUCGCUCUAUGCGGUUGAGGAAAUCCAGAAGGCGGGCCAGCGGAGUGUCCGGCUCGUCCGCCCCCUCCCUACGUAUGUGUGGUGGUGACCUGGUCAUCCAUAGAGAAGUAAGUGUUUUGAUGCUUGUGUCGUUCUUGUCACUACUGUCCGUCCGUCAGCCUGCUUACUGUUUGGAUGUCUUGCCCUGGCUUCGGUUGAGUGCACGGAGCUUCUUGAUGGUAGACAGCUGUAGUAUCCGCUGAGUCAUCUUGUUGUGUGGCGAGCUGGCACCCACGCGACUCUCGCCGUAUCUGUAUGUAUCCAACCAACAUGAGCGAGCCAUGCAUGGGUGACAUGGAUUGGUGGUACAGACAGGUGUCCGUCUGCGUACUUGACUGUCAU